AAUGAAGCUGUGGAGCGCUCUAUAAAGCAGGAACCCAUGCUCUGUUUAGAGAGCACUAAGAGAGUGUCGUCAGAGUACAUUUGCAUUAUUUUUGACCACCUUGUGGGCAUCGCUGCACGUUCAGGUUGUGUCAGAUCCAGAAAGAAGGAGCUACCGUCAUGGCGUUAAUUAUACUUCCCUUCAUUGGAUCACUGUCAGUGUCUGAGAGUCUAGUUGCCUUGAUAACGAUAUGUGUGGUGUACCUGAUCCUCAAGCAUUUUAACACAGAGAUUCCGGCUGGCCUUCAGAGACUCCCUGGACCGAUGCCUCUACCUAUCAUCGGAAAUGUGCUGGGGAUUGGCAGGAAACCCUACAAAACCUUUACAGCAAUGAGCAAGCGCUUCGGCCCGGUCUUCCAGCUCCAGAUCGGCAUGCGUCCUGUGGUCGUGCUGAGUGGCAGUGAGACAGUUCGACAGGCUCUUAUCAAACAAGGGGAAGAUUUUUCUGGCAGACCUGACUUGUACACCUUUCAGUUCAUCAGUGAAGGCAAGAGUCUGGCCUUCAGCACAGACCAGGUCGGCGUAUGGCGCACUCGCCGCAAACUGGCCUACAACGCUCUGCGCUCCUUCUCUAACCUGAAGAGCCCGGACACAGAGUACUCCUGCAUGCUGGAGGAGCACAUCUGCAAAGAGGGAGAGUAUCUGGUGAAACAGCUGAACGCCUUGAUGAAGACCAAUGGCAGCUUCGAACCGUUCAGCCAAAUUGUGGUCUCCGUCGCAAACGUGAUCUGCGGGAUGUGCUUCGGCCGCCGCUACGACCAUUAUGACCAGGAACUGGUCAGCUUGGUGAACCUCAGUGACGAGUUCAGUCAGGUGGUGGGAACCGGAAACCCAGCCGACUUCAUCCCUCUUCUCCGUUUCCUGCCCAGCACGGCGAUGAAGAAGUUUUUGAGCAUCAAUGAUCGUUUUAACAAAUUUGUGAAGAAGAUAGUCAGCGAGCACUAUGCCACAUAUAACAAGGACAACAUUCGCGACAUCACCGACUCUCUUAUCGAUCACUGUGAGGACAGGAAGCUGGAUGAAAACUGCAACAUCCAGGUGUCAGAUGAAAAGAUUGUAGGAAUCGUCAAUGACCUAUUUGGAGCUGGUUUUGACACCAUCUCCACCGCUCUGUCGUGGUGCAUGAUGUACUUAGUGGCUUAUCCAGAGGUGCAGGAAAGGCUUUAUCAAGAAAUUAAAGACAGUGUGGGAACAGAACGUACGCCUCUUCUCUCUGACAGACUCAGCUUGCCUUUUCUGGAAGCCUAUACCCUGGAGAUCUUUAGACACUCUUCAUUCCUGCCAUUCACCAUCCCACACUGCACGACAAAAAACACGUCUCUUAAUGGCUACUUCAUCCCUAAAGACACCUGCGUGUUCAUCAAUCAGUGGCAGAUCAACCACGAUCCUGAGCUGUGGAAAGAUCCAUCCGUCUUCAACCCUGAGCGCUUCCUGAACGCAGACGGCACUGAGGUCAACAAGCUGGAAGGGGAGAAGCUGAUGCUUUUUGGCUUGGGUAAGCGGCGUUGUAUCGGUGAGGUCAUCGCCAGAAAUGAAGUCUUCCUCUUCUUGGCAAUCAUCAUCCAGAGGCUUCAGUUCCACACGAUGCCUGGAGAGCCGUUGGACAUGACGCCGGAGUACGGCCUGACCAUGAAGCACAAACGCUGCCAGCUGAGGGCGACCAUGAGAGAGAGGAACAAGCAGUGAAGACGCUGCCGGGUCACAGUCACAUGAAGAGGCGGGGAGUGAAGAUUCCUCACGCAUAAGGCAACGGGAAGCAAAGUGGAUUUCUGCGGCUGUACGGACUGAAUUUGUCAGGGAGGUUUUCUUCACUGACAGACACUCAUGCGUCUCAUUGAAGAAUCAGGAGAGCCUCUUUCCUGUUAAGCUAGACUGCCAUUCAGAAUUUUGAAAACAUAGCCACCAGUUGUGCCGAGGUUAAGUUGCUUUGUUUUGCUGGAUAGGCAUUGCUGUUUAGGUCACUGCAGCCAACAGUUUUGUGUGAUGUUGAACUCUCAACUCAACCAAAAUGGUCAUUUGACUUUAUGAACACCUUUUAUACAUGGAAGCUAAUUAUUUUAAUUCCAUUAUACUGUGGAUGUUACACACUGAAACAGUCCCAAAAUGUGAUUUAAUAUAUAUAUCAGAUUUUUUGCAUUCGAUGUGCCUUGUGUGUGUACAUAUUUGAGGAUGAAGUGUAUCUGCUGUGCAUUUAUUUGAUUUGUAAGGAAAUCAAAACAAUUGUAUGAUGAUUUUGAAUUUAUGGUGACAUGAUAUUGUAUUUUUUUUUAUCACUUAUCUAUCCAUGAAUGUAUCCUGUACAACACAAACUUGUGAUCAAAGUAUCUUUUAUUGACUCAUCAAUAAAAUAUAAAAUGCAUGAUACUUGU